AUGAUGUGGCAAACACUGUGUUGGGUUUUAUUACCCAGCCUUGCUUUUGGAGCCAUCGACAGAAAACGUAUCGUGUCGGAGCACAACAUUGUCCGUACGAAGCUUAUCAACAAUGAGACAACACCUCUUCAGGUUGGAAAUGGCAACUUCGCCUUUAGUGUUGAUACAACUGGCAUGCAGACAUAUCUCCCUUUUAACACGAUGUCACGUUGGGCAUGGCACAAUGACACUGAGCCAGAGGGAGAACUGAUUGAUGCAUAUACCGGCGUACCUAAGGAGACACAUGGAAGGAAUGUGUCAUAUGACAUUCCUGAUCCCAACCUUCCAGAGGUUUCUCAAUGGCUUAUCGGCAAUCCAAACCGCAUCAACCUUGGCCGCAUUGGACUGGGAUACAAUGGCGAUACCCUCAAUGCCAGUAUGAUUUCCGAGACGCACCAGAAAUUGGGUCUGUGGGAUGGAGUCAUCACAUCAACCUUCAAGAUUAAUGGUGUCAAGGUCAAGGUUAUAACACAGGGUGAUUUCGAGGCCGAUGCAGUCACGUUCAACAUCGAGUCGAAACUUAUUAAAACGGGGAACCUCACGGUUGAAUUCGACUUUCCUUAUCCACCUCUUCAUACGACCAAGUACAAGAACGAGGUUUUCGUUGGUGUUUAUGACUUCCCCUCCAACCACACAACAGAAGCCUCAUCUGGAGUACGAAAGAACAUAGCACACAUCUACCAUAACCUCGGAACUAAGUACUAUGUUAAUAUUUGCUGGCCAGAACAACAGCCACUGCAACUUAAGAGACUUCAGCUGCUAGGGUCUACACAGCGCACAGCCCAUAGAUAUAUACUCUCUUCCGCUGUUGGUAAAACAAUGUCCUUUACCGCCGACUUCUCUCCCAGCAAGAAACUCCCCGACCUUCCGUCGUCAAGUAAGAAGCGCAACUCCGCUGGGUGGCGUGAUUAUUGGCAAAAUGGUGGUUUCGUGGACUUGACCGAGUCAACGAAUCCGAACGCUACUGAGUUGCAACGCCGGAUCAUCACCUCCCAGUAUCAUGUCAGAGUGAACAGCGCCGCCGAAGGCGAGUCGCCGCAGGAGAGCGGGCUUAUGAAUAACGGCUGGUAUGGGAAAUUCCACAUGGAAAUGGUUGUAUGGCACAAUGCACAUUGGGUCUCUUGGGGUCGUGAUCAGUAUUUCCACAACAUCUUCCCUGCUCUUUAUGAGAAGCUUUUACCAACUUCCCUUGCCAGAGCGAAGCAAAUGGGAUGGGAAGGAGCUCGUUGGCCGAAAAUGACGGAAACGAUAACUGGUCGGAGUUCACCUGGCGGUAUCAAUGCGUACCUCAUGUGGCAACAACCGCAUCCUAUGUACAUGGCGAUGCUUGCUUACAAGAGCAAACCAACGAGGAGCACGCUUCGGCGGUGGAACCCAAUUCUUGAGGCUACCGCUGAUUAUAUGGCAUCUUAUGCAUGGUUAAAUGAAACCUCGGGCAAAAACGAUCUCGGGCCCCCGGCAAUUGGCGUCACGGAGAACACGCCGCCAGAUCUUACUCUCAAUCUCGCUUACGACAUUGCAUAUUGGAGAUAUGGACUUGAUGUUGCUCGUGACUGGAAGAAGAAGUUCGGCCUUCCUGUGCCCAAGCAAUGGACCACUGUUGCAAAGAACCUGGCUACGCCCCCGCAGAUCAACGGACUCUACACAGUUUAUGACGGGCUCAAUGCGACCUGGUGGGAUGAUCCAGCGCUCAAUCGAGACCCACGAAGCCUGAUAAUGCUACAAGGAAUCUUACCAGGCACGCCGGCAGUAAACAAAGAGGUCGCUCGCCGAACGGCGGAUAAGGUAUGGGAGGUUUGGACUGACCAAAACAUUCGCGGAUGGGGACGGCCCGUGCUUGCAAUUAACUCUGCCCGGAUUGGUAACCCAGAGCGCGCGAUCUAUCAUUUGACGGCUUAUGAUUACUGGAAAUUUGAUGAUGCAGGAUUUGCAAUUCGCGGAGGUGAUGGAAAUACACCACCUCCAUUUAUGCCAGGCAAUGCGGGCUUACUGUUGGCUGUUGCAUACAUGGCUGAAGGCUGGGACGGCUCUAAAGGUAGCACGCCGGGAUUCCCUAAGAAUGAUGGAUGGAUAGUUAAUCACGAAGGGCUUCGUAAAGCACUUUGA